AUGGAGCCUAAGUCACGGAGUGCAGGCAUAGCUCCGUUUGCAUCAGUGGAGGACCUGAGUGACGAACAGGAGCACGAUAGUCCGGGGGCCGGGGACAAGCACCGCCUCACACUGCCGGGGGUCAAGGAGGAAGCGGGGGUUAAGUCCCCGAGGAUGGGGGUUCCCACGCCACGCAUCGACAUUUCCCGUGCCAGCAGUUCUUCUCAUCAGGAUGACAGCAGUCCUGAGAGGGAUCUAUUCACAGGAGGUGCGGAGGGAGCCCCUGUCGCAAAACUAGGUCUUGGCUUCACAGAGGAAAUGGCUCAGGAGUUGCGAAAUAGCACAGAGGAGCUGGACUUCCAGGAUCCAACAGAGCUAGAGACUAAGCAACGACGGAGAAAACUGCAUCAACAGCAAGCUGUUAAUAAAUAUGAAUUAGAGAUGCAGGGAGAAAAGGAAGGGAAGGAGCGGAAAGAUUCAGCCUGCAGUGAUACAGGGCUUUUGUACAUUAGUGGUCGUACCAGUCGACUGUCUUCCAUUGGUUCUGCGGCUUCAGGUGGCUCUGCAGCCUCUGGUGGGUCUCAUCUCUCUGCCGCAUCCCACCUCUCUGGAGUUUCCCACUUCUCUGGAGCCUCUCAUAUCUCCGGGACUUCCCAUCUGUCAGCCACAUCCCAGCUCUCUAGAGCGUCACGGUGCUCAUCUCCACACAAGAUGUUGCUGGAAACUUCAUUUUGUGGGCCAAAACCUAUUCCAACUGUUAGUUUAGAAGCAGAAUAUCCUCCUAAAGAUAGUGUUGAAGCUACAUUAUUAGCAAGAAAGACUGAUCCGACUGGUGCUGUGCUACCUGUUGAAGAACAUAAAAAUAUGGUAAACGGAAAAACUAGUUUUAGUAAAAAUCAACCAAAGGACAAUUCAAAAUCAACAAAAAGUUCAAGUAGCACCUUAACAGUUGGAAGGGAGCCUAGCAUAAAAUCAAAAACUAGUGAGCGAACAAUAAAAACUCAAAGUGGAAGAGAUAGUAGAAGUAGUUCCUUUAACAGUAAAACAUCUAAUAAUACAGAAAAUAGCAAAGUAAAUUCAACACUUCCAUCAAAAAUUGAAGAUGAAAAGACCGCACCACAUCAUAGGAAAGAGCCUCCAAGAUUGCCUCCUGAUGCCAAGUUCAUCUCUCUACAUGAUGACAUUGAAGAGCCUGUCGCUGCUAAGAAAACUUUACCUCUAGACAGUGGGUCAAGAAUCAUUUCUCUUCACGGAGAUGAUGAACCUGUUGUUAAAAGUGGUUCAAAGAAAAGUCUACCUUUAGAUCCUAAUUCAAGAAUUAUUUCAUUACAUAGUGACGAUCCACCUCAACCAGCUAAAGCUCAAGUGACAAGUACAAGCAAACGGAAAACACCGGUAAAGGAAAGUAAUACAAGAACUCUACCAGUACGCAAGACAGAAGUAAAAGCAGCACCUGUCAAUACCAGUAAAAGAAAACAACCAAUAAAAUAUGAAGGUGACACAAUAUUUAUACCUCUCACAGGUGAUGAAACACCAAUAGUUUUAAGUGGAGGAGGUAAAACUCCAAUAACUUUAGAAGGAGAUUCAAGAAUUAUACCCCUUCAUGGAUCUCCAGAAGAACCAACAGAAAAAAUAAACAAAAAGACAGAAAAACUAGUUUUAGAUAAAGAUUCAAGAAUAAUACCAUUAAAAGGUGAUGAAAUAGAAAUUCAUACUACUAUUAUAAAAUCUAAGAAUGGUGAUCAACAACCUAGAGUAACACAGCCAAGAAAAAAGCCAACAAUACCUCCUGAUGCCAGUGCAGUUAUUAUUCCAUUACAUGGUGAUGAGGAAAUAGUGGCUUUAGAAAUUGAGACUGAUAGACCAUCCUCACCAGAGUAUGGGAUAUAUAUUCCUCUUAAAGGGCCAGAACUGGCUGAUUACUCAAAAAAAACUCAAUCAGGAAGUAAACCAAAAACCAAACAUGAACCGAUUACGAAACCAACUAAAUUAGAUAUAAAAACAAAAGGUAAAACUCAUAAGACCUCACCAUCACCAUCAGUAGAAUCAAAAUCAGUAAAAAAGAAGGGAGAUGAUGAAUUGGUUAAAUUUAUUUCUCUUCAUGCGGAUGAAUCUGAGAGAAAACCGUUAAAAGUAGAGGUAACAGAAGAUUUUUUGGACGAAAAAUAUGAUUUAAAAGCAAAUGAGUUUCGGUCAAAAUCUGCAAGUCCCGUUUGUCAAGCAGAAAUACAGUCAAUACAGCACACAUACUUUAAGCCAGAUGAUUCGAGCGCGUACUCAAGAAAACAUUCAACAAGCAGCUGUAGAAGUCCAGAGUUUGAAGGAGCAAAAGUAAAACCUGCAACUCUAGAUCUAACACAAAUAGUAAGACCAUCAAGACCAGUUCAGAGUUUAACACAAUUAACUAGAGAUGAGUCUAGAACUCCUUCUCCAGCUACAUCUAUGUCUAGAAGUUCACUCUUCCGUAGAAGUUCAGAGUCCUCAAGCAGCACAAAGAGUAGAGCUUCAGUUUCAUCAGAAUUCAAAACAAGAAAAGAUUCUAAAAAUAAGUCUGUGUUCACUUCAUUAUUCAAGAAAGGUAGUAGAGAUUCUAUUAGAAGAAAAAGUGAAUCUUCAGAAAAAACUAGUUCAAUGGAUCCAAGACUUACCAAAGUCGAGUUCACCUUUAAUCAACAGGAUCACAGCCGGGAAGGAGAAACUAUCAUCAUUCCACUCCACUCCCCUGAUAGUGUGCCUCCACCCCUGGUAGUGGCCCCUGAUACACCCCCAGAACCCCCCGAGCUGACAGCUGAGACAGUCCAGUCUAUCUCAGAAGUUGUAGCUGCUAUAGAAGAACUUAAAUCCCAGCCGUUAAUCUCACCAGUGCCUACACCCACUAGUUCCAGUUUCAAAAAGAAGGAGGAGGCUGUUGUAGAAAUAAUAGUGAAAACAGAGCCUAGAAUAGAAAUAGCAACAGAUAUAGCAGAAGAAACUGUAGAGAAGAGGGAAGAAGAAAAGGAGAUUGUAGAAGAAGCUAUUUUAGAAGUAAAAAUUAAAAAUGAAUUAGAUGUGCAACCAACUCUUGAUGUGGACAUCAGUCCCAGAUCAGAAACGAGUGGAGGAAGCACAAAAACACAAUUGGAAGCUCCAUUCGAGAAGCAAGAAUCGGACAAAAAGUCAGACUCUGAGACUAUAAAAACAGGAUCAGAAGAAAGGAGAUCUUCGGAAUCGGAGCCAGACUCAGACGCAGUGCCUAUACCCACGGACCAGACAGCAGAAGAUGAUCAUGAGCGCAAGGGGUUAUUCCAUCAACCAGAGUCUCUGGAUGAUGAACUGCCUUAUGUGCCAACCACCCUGCCUCAAGAGAGGCCUGUAGCACACCCCAUCAUUCCAGUGAAACAGCGUGUGGCAGAAGUAAAAACGUUUCCGAUUGAUCGCCCUCGCUCUACAACUCCUAUCAACCCUUCCACUUUAGAUGAUUAUGUUUCCAGUCCACAUGAAGAGAUUGUUGUCAGCUCUAAAGAGAAAAUGCAAAUUGUAUUACCAAGCAGAACAGAAUCAUUAAGAGAAAGCCGCUCCAAGAGUCCUCACCGACCGACAGCCAAACCUUGGACUCACUUCGCGGAGCAGGGUCUGCAGAGUCCACGAGAGCUGAGACGAGUCGCCUCCCCCUCUCCACCUCCACCUCUACCUCCCCGUGCAACCCCUACCCCCACCACACCUUGGGUUUGCUUCGACGAGGUGCCCGAGAGGCGUCGCACACCCAAGCGUAUUACCACCCUUCCCUCCGCACAGCCAUCGUCUGCUGUUGUCUACAGCUACGUCAACCCAGAGGAGUGUAGCUGUGAAUGCCAUGAGACUCAGGGUGUGCCGCGAGUGAAUGGUGCGCAGUGCUCCGACAGUGGUGCGCAUUGCCAAUAUAAGGAUCCAUACAGGACCUAGUUACAUAUACGCUUACAGAGUAUAUAUUCCCUGUUGAUCUGACAAAUAUUUAUUGUCUAAUGUUGUUCAAUUUAUGUUAAGCAAUAAAUUAUCACAACCUUGUUUUUUAAUGUCGAAUAUGUUCUUGUAUAAGAUGUUUCCAGGUGUAUUACCACAUAUUGUUAAGUGCAUAGAAUAAACUAAAUACAAGAGAUAAUCAAGGAAUAGUGAUUAAGUGUUACAUCUUGUGAAUUGAGAAAUUGUUUGGAGUACAAUAUUUCUUAGUUCACUACAGUGCAAUGACAGCUGGAAACCAUUUCAAAGAUUAAAACAAUCCAGUAUUUAACUGCCUAAUCACUUGGUUUUAGUUAUUAACAUGUUGUGUCAGUAUUAAUACUAUGUUUAAAAUUGAAGCAAAUUAAAACAAGGACUUUCCAGAAAAUCGAAAUUAAAGUUACACUUAGAAAAUGGUGAAAUAGUUACACAACCUAGCCAUUUAGCAAAAUAUAUGCAUUUUACAAUAAAUGCAUGGUAUCCUUUAAAAACAUUGUGUGUUGUUUAUAAUAAUACUCAUUAAAAAUAUAUUACAAUAAAAAAUUAUCAUCAUCAAAAAAUUAACAUCAAGUGAAAUGUAGACAGUUAACACUUUCACUGCUGACAACAGUGAAGUAAACAAUAGUGUAAUGAAACAAGAAUUUUGUGAACUAGUCUUGUUUACAAAUUGGAUCAUUAAACAGUAUCUUGUUUAUCAUUUAACUCACUUAGUUUUACUACAAAUUUAAAUAGGAUUUUCUAUGAAUAUACUAUACACAACAUGUUUUAGAUCAAACAUGAAACAUGUUUUGAGUUUAAAUAAUGUAUCCUUCUUGAGAAUAAAGCUUCAGAAUAACAUAUAUCAUAUUUUUUAUAUGGUAUAUGGUUAAAUUACAAAAUUUAAAUUUUUUUUAGUAACUGUCUGUUCUCCAAGGGUUUUAAGAACCAGCAGUAAAAGUGUUAAUCUGUUGAACUCGAUAAACAACAAUGGUGACAGUAAUCACUAGAGAACUGAAAGGGUUAAUGAUAUAAUUAGUUGAAAUCAAUUGAUUAUUGUCAAUAACUCAGUAAAAACGUUUUCCAAUUUUCACAUCUUUCUAACAAGAAAAUGUCUUACUACUUUAAAAUAUGAACAUACCAAAUGUAAAGUUUGUAUAAAACAUACAAACUAAUGUUCCAACACUAAUGAACACUAACUCAUUCACUAACACUAAUGUGUUAGUGAGUUAGUUUUAGCUGUUUUGAUGUGAUGGGAAUAUAAAACUUCUAUUACAAUGGAGGAUGGGGAUACAGCAGUAACAAAUCUAUCCUCUUAAAAUGUGUUUUUUUUUAUUUAAUCCAAAAGCUUUAAGUUAGAGCUUUAUUUUUCAAAAAUGUUACAUUCAAAUAUGACAUAUAUUUUUAAGCCACAAGCAUUGAAAGAACUUUGAUGUCAUACUCACUUCAAGUUCCAGUUGGAAUCUCAGUAUAUUUCAUCCAAUUGAGAUAUUUCAAUACUUCAAUUCUCAUACCCUCUGUGUUCAACCAUCAUCUGAAAAUCCUUGUUCUCAAAUUUAUUAAAAAAUCACUUUUACAAUAAUUGUACAUUUCUCUAGCUCAAAUUCUGGUAACUCACAUUUUUUCAAAGUAUCUAUUGAACAGGAGAAGUGUACUAAAUUAUGUAUUUAUUAACGCACCCUGCAUCCUGUAAGGUGCAUUUAAAAGAAUUAAAAAUAUAAAACAUUAAAAAUUAAAUGUUUUAUUGUUAUUAAAAAAUUGGUAAAUUUUCAUUUCAAAAAUGUCUAUCCAACUAAAUAAAGUCUACUAAUAUUUUCACAUGUAUUUUCGUACUAUAGUGAAAAGUUAUUAUUUCAAACUAAGUAUAAUAGUUUGUGAGUUAUGUUAAUAAUAUAUAUUUUAAGUGAUUUUAAUAUAAAUAAAAAUCUGUAAUAAUAAUAAAACAUUUAAUAGCUGAAGCAUUUCAACAUGUAUUCCAGUGUCAUACCGCAGCAAUGCCACUGUUAUGUAUUUUUUAUUAAUUUUUGUCAAUAUUUUUGUGUAAUGUUUUACAAUUUAGAUUUAACCAGGUGAUGUUGGUACUAUAAAGUUUCAAUAUGGGAAAAAAUUCACUUCUAACUAACAGUAUAAUGGUAGAUAAAUGGGCUGCUUGCAAGGAAAGGGAUGAUGAGCAGUUUACUCUCUAAGUAGUAAGCAUUGCUCAUAGUUGCUUGUCUCUAGAUCAUCAUUCUUCAAAAGCUUACUAUUUUGAAUCUUAAGAGGUUUUCUGUGAUACCAUGCAUGAUCAGAGGAUAUAAAACUGUUUUUUGUUCAGAAACAAUGUUUUGGAAUUAUUAUGCAUUAUACGAGUAACUAUAAUAAAAAAGCAAAUACGUAUAUUUUUGUAACUUAAUUAUUUAGAUUUACUAGUUAUGACGUGAGUUAAGAAUGAUGGUGUGUGAAUAUACUCAUAAUUGGAAUGGUGGAAGCUGUCUCCCAUCACUACUGGUAGUUUAAAUACCUAUAUGAAAUAAAAAGUUGACAAUCAACACUCUUGAUCAACACUUGUAACUGUCUGUAAAUAAAGGUAAUCAUCUGUUUUAUAUUUCCAACGGCAAAAAUUCAGAAAUGCUAUGAAUAACCACUGUAAUACAGUUUGAGGUACUGGACUGAGAUGUUUUUAGAACAGCUAAUACAGUUGGCUACCUAUUAACUGCCCUAUGAUCAACCAUCCAUUGGAUUAACCAACCCUUUCCAUGAAGACAUGAUUAAACUUGACUUCUGCCGUGGCAAUAACAGACGGUCGAAAAAACAAAUGAGUUACGUGUCUCUGUUUUUAAACGUGUUAGUGUUUUGUUACUGCCUUUUACAAGUUGCAGUAUUAAGAACAAUGAAUGAUGUCUAUUAUGGAUGAGUAUUGUUGACUUCUGCUUGGUCCCAUCUUGGUUGGUUGAGAGGGAAGCUACUGUAACAGUUGUGAGUAGCAAAACACUACUGCCUCAACUGCAUGUGUGAGUUACCAACAUAAUUCGUACUUGCACAUUUCGCCAUCAGCUUCUUUACUCACUUCGCAACUAACAUUAUGCCUAAAUUAAAUUCCUGUCAUUUGAAUAGCUCCUUUUAAUUUAUCCAUCAUAAAAUCUUUACUAUAUUUAUAACAUAACAAAAAAUUAUUAAUUUUUAUUUGUAAUUUUUUUGUGCAUUGAAAUGUUAUAUAUUAGGUUUCAGUGUAAUUUAUAGUCAAUCUGUGCUCAUAUCCAACAGUCUCAUCACUUUGUUUCAGAAUUCUGUCAGACCGAACUUAAAAUAUACAAAUUGACAAAAUUUAAACUUUUAUGUCUAUGGACAAUCUAAAUCAAUAAAAUGAUCAAACUUCAGUUUGAUAAUAAGAAACUUUUAAACUUAGAAAGUAAGUACUUAAUAAUCUAACAACAGUGUUGUAAUUAUUUCUCAUGGAAAACAAUGUAGUAAUACUAGGUAGCAUGAAAACCCGGUAUUUGGAUGCUAACUAUUGGCCUAAUCACGUAGCAGUCUAAAAGAAAAAUAUGAAUAACUAACAGACAAAUCCUAAAAUGUCAUGUGUAUACUUUUUGGGUUGCAAAUUACAUAAUUAUUUUAACAGAGGUUGCAAAUUAUACUUUUAUUUUUUUUUUAAAUAAAAGUUUUUGAUUUAAACGCUAUUCUUGUACAGUAUGAUAAAGAUAUAUGUAGUGUUGAUAAACUUAUUGUAUUAUUUAUCAAUUCAUAACGGGCAACAUAGACAAAAAUAUUACUCUAGUACUAAUUGACACACAAGAAAUAGACAGAUCCACUGGCAGCAUACAGUAAAGUAUUAAUUGUUUAAAUAGAAUAUUAUAAUUCAACUUCUAUGCAAUUAGUGUUUUAGGUUAUCAAAGAUGAGCUUUCUCUUGUAUCAGUCGACAAUUAUAUUUGUUUCAAAAUACUGGAGCUACACAGCUUAUUUCAUGUCCUACCUAUCAGCUAAAGCUUAAGUUUAUACAAAGUAAUUUUAACUUAAAACUUGGGCUCAAGCUUGGUUGUGUCGCUUGAGUGUUAACAUGUAGUUCUUCCAGUCUCCAAGAGUGCAGUGUCUUUCUGUACCCAAUAUUGUUAUCAGAACCAUACUGUUUUGUUAACAAGAUAAUAAAUUAAUGUUGUUAGAUGAAAAUAAUAUGAAGUUGUUGGUACAAUAAUGGACUGUAUUAUAGUUAGUUACUUUACUUGUUUGUGUUAUACUGAUGAUAAGGUUUAGAUUAGUUGUCCCAGCAUUUUUGUAUAAUCUGUUAACUAAUUAGUUGUUAGUUACUUAACAAAUUGUAAGCAGUAGUUAUGUUUUUGAUCAUGAAUCAUAGAAAAAUCUAUUUUGUUUGAUUAUAAACAUAAUUACAAAUCACUGCCAAUGUAUAUGUAUAUUUAUAUUUGUUAUAAUUUGCAUGUCUAUAAAUUUCCUUUAAGCGGUUUCUUAUUAAUAUUGUGAUGGAAUCAACAAAAUGUAUUGGUAUUGUUGAAAAAUAAUACAUUUAAAGUCUGCAUAUAUAAAUAUGCUAUUAUAUUAAUUCAAAUUCAAAAAUUAUUUCAGUAAUGUUUUUUAACCAUUUGUAAUUAAAUUCAUAAAUUUGAGCUUUCUAGUGUAUAAUACAAAGUUAAAAAAUUUAUUUUUGUGGGUCUGGAAAUACAGAAAAUGAAUGGGCUUGGAGUGAGCUAAUAAUAGGGCAGAGGAAAUUCAAAAUUACCCAUCCUAAUAUUACAUAACUUUCCAAAAUAGAUCAAGUUCAGUAGUAUAACUAUAAAACAGAUUGCAGAACUGUAGUCGAGUCUCAAUUUAUAGAUUACGAUGUAUUCAUGUUCCACAUGAGGCUGGGCUGGUGUUAAGACUUCAAUAAUUUAACCAUUGAGGUUCCUAAUAACCAAGGGGAUGAUUUUAAGUGCUUAAAAAACUGCUUUGAAAUUUUUAAAAACAGUAUAUUUUUAUUUACCUAAUUGCACAUAAUCUGGUCCACUCCUCUGUGAUAUAUAAAUGCUCUUAGUAAUCAUAUUUAACAGAAUUAAAUCAUGUUGUAAAUACAAGUAUGUGGAUUUUAAAAUCUAAAAGUUAAUUCACAAGAAUGAUUUGAAGCUAAAUCUAAUGAAUUAGUCACACAUAAUUAUGUAAUAAAUACAAAAAAAUACAACAAAUACAUAUUACAUAAUAAUAAUAUUUAACUGUGAAAACUAAAAUUCCCGUUUUAAGUAUGAAAACCUAAUUAUCCUUAAACUGAAUUUUGCACUGAUUUUCUGGAUUUUAGUUUUAAAAGACUAUGCAGCAAACAUUGUGUUUCAGUUUGACUAUAGGCAAUGUGAUGUUCUUCUACUAAGGAGCAGUGUAUUGCCAAACACUUCAGCAUUAAGGGCAUAUUGAUCACUCUAACGUAUUACAUGAAAUUUUAAGAAUUUCCAGCUUCAGCAACAGUUCUAGAAAACAGUGAAAAGAACUAACCAGGUCCUCCUGAAGAGACUAACCAUGCUUGUUCAAAGUGCCAAAUACGGCAAAAUGAUCCCUAGAUAUAAGACAGUCAAAAAACAAAUGUUCUACAUUUCCGUUGUGCCUGUGAUCUCUAGAUAUAUCCACUCUGUGAAUAUGUAUCCUCAGGUGUCGAUGUCCUAUGAUUAGGCCUAUUAUCCAAGAAGAUAAAUUUGUUCAUAGAGAGAUCAGAUAUGGCAUCCUAUAAUAAAGUGAAUGAUAAACAUGAUUAUUCAUCCUUACAGCCAUAUUCUUCAUCUUCUUGUAUAUUUAACUAACAUAGUACAAAAUAACAUCUGGGAAUUUCACAGAAUGGUUGUGGUUCUAUUAUGUUUGAUGCUGAGUCCAAGUGUGCCAAAGCAUUAUCCCUUUCAUUUGCCACAAUUCGCUAAUCUGAGAGAGAUGACAUGAAAACAGACUAGCUUCAAGCUAAACAUGAAGGACAACGAUGCUUUCGGAGCUGCCUGGCUAUCAAUGAAAAUGUUUAAUGUCUUGUCCCUAUACUGCAGAUGAAGAUUUUUAUCAUCAUACUCCGUAUCAGGAGUAAACUCUGCUUUGAAAACUAUAGAACAAAUCCAUAGGAACCAGCAGCCUCAUUCAGAGUCCCAUUGAUGAAUUCAGUGACCAUGGUGUUAAACUUACUAGUUACCAAUAUAAUCAUAUAAUUGUGUAAACCUUAUAAUAACAUGUCUGAUGAUCAUUGAUUUUGAGUGUUUAAAGCUAAAAGAUUUGUCCGACAAAAAAUUAUCAUUUGAUAUUUUGAUGAUACAUUCUCACUUCAACUUCCACCAAAACUAGCGUGGCUGAUGAUCAAUUUCUUUCUUAAGAGAAAUUCCCCUGCCUAUUUCAAGAAAAACCACUUGACGUGUUUAUACAAUGCAAAUGGGUUUUCAGGUCCUAGGUUCCUGUCAAUCCUACAGUCAGGAUCCUAUUGCGAAGGAUGAAGCUGUAACAGGCCUCUAGUGCAAUGUAAAUAUCUUGUUUAGGUUCCAUAUGAACUAAAUUGUAUGGACAGAUCUAAAAAUCUAAUUUGUACCCAAACAAACUUGUGUAAACUAUUUACUUUCAACAAUUCAAAACAAUAAUAUUUCCACUUAUCAGUGAUUGAUUCACCAGAGAUCCAGUCGUAAGGGUGUCAAAGGUGAAACAUGUCAGUACUAGGUCACAAGGCAAAACGUAUGAGGUAAUUUCAUUGAAAGUAGUUUAAUAAAACCUUUAAUUUUAUUACUGUAGUUACAAAUUCCAUAACUAGUAAAAUUAAGUUUGAAACUGAGCGAACUUAAACUACAAAGUUAAAAUGUAAAAAUUACUUUAUAAAUCUCCUGUUUUAAAUUCCAUAUUAAAAUUAAACAUUUGAUCAGUGUUUGUGUUGGUUUAUUUCACUUUCAUGUUCAAUACAAUGUUCAUACAGCUGGCUGAUAUAGGCAGAAGCAGAAAGUGCAUUGACAACAAUAUUUAGUUGAAUAUAAAUUCAGAUUAAAAUCUAAGUUUUCUCUUUCACACCUUUUCGAAACACUGAUUACACAAUAAAACUCCUGAAACAUAAAGGCUUCGCUGUGGAGAGCUAUCUUCAGUUAUGAAAGAUGGAAGACGACUCUCCAUAGUGAAGCCGAAAUAUUUAGAGAAUUCAGUUGUGAAAGUAUUGUAUUGACCUGUGUGAACCAGAAAACUUAGAUGCUAGUUAUGAUAGAGGCUGCAUUAGUCUAAACACUCAAAUAUAUUCAGACAUUUUAUCACUAUUUUAACAGUACAAGAUCAUAAAUUAUUCAUGGAAAACAUUGAUCUAAAGUCUGUGUAAGAGCUUUUCACAGUUUAUAACAUACAUUUGUGUGAAAGAGGAUUAAAUUAACUAUCAUAGUUAAAAUGCGAUAAUAUUUUUAAAAUAUAUAUUUACAGGUUUAUAUACUGUUAUGUGGUCUUAAAGAUACACUAAGUAAUAAUAUUUAUCAAUGGAUUAUUAUGUAAAAAUACAUUUUUAAGCAAUACAUAGUAACGUUUAAAACAAUAAUGUUUUCAGUUAACAAACAAUACAUUGGAAAUAGUUUCAUUUAUAUCUGUAACCAAUGAAAUGUUUGUACUAUACCACUUAGAUUCUACCAUUAGUUUAUGACGAUUCUGGCAGGGUCUAAAUAUAAGCACUGUAUAAUUUUUAUUCAAAAUUUAGCUCAAUAUUUAUUGAUGGGAAAGAAAAGGAUGUGAUUGAAACUCAUAGUAAACCCAGUGAAUGAGGGAACAUAAGAGCAUAUGGCAAACAUUGAGCUCAUAUUUCCAAUGUACAGUCACUGUUAUCAUUAAGUAUUUUUAUACCUUCCAAUAAAAUUUAAGACGGGUUUUUUUCAUACACUUGAUGUCUGUCGAUAGCAUAACAUGCCCCUUCGAGUACUGUGUUAGUGAUCAUUUAAACUUAUUAAAGUUAGCCAUUGUGUGAAAAUGUGAAGUUGAAAAAUCGCAUGUUACUUGUAAUUUUUAAGAAGUUACUCUUUUAUGUUCCUAUCUUCAUGUUACAACUCUAACCAUGCCCAUUUUCGUAUUUUACCAUAAAUGACCAAAUGCCUUACAAUUUACGGUAAUCAUUAAAACUAGUGUUAAGAAUUUUGUUAACGUUUCACAAUAAACCGCGUUCGAAAAGCUGAUUUAAUGUCCUUACAUAUAAUUACUAAGCCAACUAGUAUUGUUCUGGUAAUGUACAUUUUGCCCUUUUAAAGUAAUAUUUCUCUCAACUUUAAGCAGAAUACAGAAACUGCUUUAAAAAGCAAAGUUUUUCUUUAAAAUGUUAUUGAAGCCGAAUCAAAAGUAUUGUGUAUAAUGUAAGAUUGUUGUUAUAAUAACUUGUUUUACCCUAAUUUUCUUUACCAAUCAAACCUUUUUAUGACAAUUAUUGUUUUAUAAAAAAUUUUGUUGUGAGUCAUGUUGUGACUUUCUAAACCAAUAAAGUUACUUCGUCAAAAUGUAGUUCAUGUAUUUUUGGUGCAAUAAAUCACUUUAUUAUA